UUAUUAAAUGUUCAUGAUGCUUACUUCUAUUACGAUACUAUCUUUUAAAAUUAUAUCUUCUUUAUGUUCCCAUCGCUAAAACACUUUUCCUCCUCGCUUAAGUCCGUUUUAAAACAGUAAGCUGUGUUUCGUGAGACUGACGGAUAGUAGAAAGAACCUGGCAACACAAGCUGUCAUUUCCCGGCGCGGGAAAAUCGUAAACAACACAGCGUAAGAAAGCACUUUAACGCCGUUUUCUAAUAGAUGUGCACCAACUACGCAUUCAUAUUUUCGUCUGUUUGAGAGCUCUGUUUUUUUUAUUAGAGAAGAAGAAGCUUAAAUAACGGUUACUAUUAAAGUUAUCGCUGCUAAAUUCUGAUAAACGCUGGCAAUAAUGUCGCGUCCAUAACGUUAGCUAGCUAACUUACUGUGUUGCUGUAACGUUAGCUUUUGUCUGACAGGCGCUCUACUAUAAAUUAUGUAUGCACUAGAUUAAAGUUAGUGAAAUCUGCCCGGUAAGGUUUGUUACUAUGGAUCGAUACAAUGAGGUGAAACUUCAGCUGAAGAGCUGGGAGCAGAGUUUUGUCAAAGAGCACCAGAGGAAACCAAACAAGGAGGACAUUGAUCAAGCUCCAGAGGAAACCAGGAAGCUGUAUAAAGAGUAUCGCAGUUUGAAACAAGCCAAAGAAAACAGCAGCAGUGAUACAGCCAGUGGACAUGCUGAACAGCCCAGAUCUACAGCUGAGGUCUGCACAGGCCAGAAGGAGUCAGACUGUUGGGGUGCCCACCUGAACCGCAAAUCACAGCCUGCACCUUUUCCCAGACUGACAACUGAGGAGAGAGACAAUCUGAAGGCCUCUGCCCAAUACUAUGGUCUAAAGCUUAAAAGCAACCUGGCUACACUAAGUAAGGAAAGACCUGUCUCACUGAAGAAAUCAGUCCUUCCCGGUCGGAUGCCUCUGAAUUCUUUAAAAGAUGGACAAACUGGACAGACUAACAGCCCUGUUGCUACUGCCAAGCCCACCUCCACUGACUCUGAAUUAAGCCCUUUCACUCCAAGAAGAUUUAAGACUUGUGUGGGGUCUGUGGCUUCAAAGACAAUCCAACCAGUGGAGCCUGAAGAGCCAUUUGAACCAUUCAAAUCCAUCGGAGAGUCUUGCGAAGAACCUCCGAGGGCUGCCAGUAGUUAUAGUUGUAAUACGAUUAGUAGUAGUAAGAGUAGUACUAGUAAAGUUAUAAGUUCACAAAAUCCAAAUGUCUCUAGUUCAGCUCCCUCUCCAGCCAGAUCGUCUUCAUUGUUGUCGUCGUUAUCUUCUCCAUGUAGAACAGGAGGUGUAGAAGCCACAGGGAAGUUAAAUGAAAGUAAAGUACCUUCAGGAGACAAAAAAGAAAAUGUUGAAACUUUAGGAACUCCACAUAAGAUUACUAGUGAUGCAGGUAUUGGAACUCCAGUUAGCUUGAGAGGAAGCCCUCAGGUUGUUGGAGGUUUCAGAGGAGGAUUGGGAGGUAGAGGCGUUGGAGGAAAACCAUCUCCUGCCAGCAGACUGAGUUCUGUUGACAAGAAGUGGCUGGAGAGGUGUCAGGUGUUUGGAGAGAUGGAGGCUGAGGUGAAGCCUGGAGCAGGCAACCAGGAGGUAGUACUGGAUAAAAAAGGAGAGGGAGAUGAAAGAGUUGAAAAGGAAAAAAUACAAACAGAGGGAGAAGGAAGAGAUACCAUAGACUUGGGAAAAGAUGAAGCGUCCAAGAGCGUUGCUAGUGACAAAAUAGUCAGUGAUAACGGACUGAAACCUGCUCUACAACACGAUGGGAAAAGCAGGGGAGGAGGGGAAGAAAAGGCGAAAAGGAAGCGAGGUGAGGAGAUGGAAAGAGCACUGACACCGCCUCCAAUGUCAGAGGACGACAAUGAGAUCAGUCACAAAUCUACAAAGAAGAGAGGGAGGAAAAGGCAGAGAGAGGGAGAGAACAUGGAGGGAGAACCCACAGAGGAGGGAGGAGUAAAGAAGAGGCGUAGAAAUAACAAAAAGAAAGAGGAGAGCUCUGAUGUAAACCCCAGCCCAGCUCAAGAAGGAGGGAAGAAAAGGAGAGCCAAGAAAAAGGCAGAUGAAGAUGGAGAGGCAGAAGAGGAGAAAGAAACCAAGGAACCAAAAAAGGUUCCUCAGGAGAACUUGUUGGGAGAAAUAGACGAGGAUAUUGGAGCCAGGAGAAUGUAUUGCAUGCAGCCCGUCAAAGCAAAAGGCAUGAAGAGCGCAGAGGGUAACUUUGUGAAGAUAAAUCUGAAGAAGAAAUCUCACGUCAAAGGAUACGCACUCAGAGGUGCUGGGCUACGCAAACAGAUGUACAUGCAGAAGUUCCAGCUGAAAGGCGAACGUUUUGGUGGAGGUGGUGGAUUUUUUGGCAGAGGAAGGAGGGGUGGAUUCAGAGGGGGGUUCAAUCGGCAGGGUGACACCUGCUACAAGUGUGGAGGGACCGGACACUGGGCCAUGGACUGCAAGGGACGAGCCCCUCCCCCUCCUGUUCCUGAGGAAACACCUGCUGAGGAGGAGCCCUUUGAACUGCCCACACUGGAGGAGGUUGCCAGGGCAACAGGGACACUACAUCCUGAGACACUGGCAGCAUCUCCCAGCAUCACAGAGGAGCAGCCGUCCCAAGAAAAGGAGGUGGACAGUAACCGUAAAGACGAGGUGUUGCUGAAUGUGAUUCGUCCCGACUACGAGCGCCCCGCUCCUCCACCACCAAUGGAGCCACUCUAUCAGCUCAGAGAUGAUGGGAAAGUCCAGGAAACACCUGCUGAUGUGUAUGCAGCUCUGAAAGAACUCGGCUAUCAGUCAUUUAGACCAGGACAAGAGGAAGCCAUCAUGAGGAUCCUGUCAGGUCUCUCCACCCUCGUAGUGUUGUCAACAGGGAUGGGUAAAUCGCUGUGCUAUCAGCUCCCAGCCUACCUGUACACUAAGCGAUCAAAAAGCAUCACUUUGGUCAUUUCACCUCUCGUCUCGCUCAUGGAUGACCAGCUGUCUGGCCUGCCAGCCAAUCUGAAGGCAGCCUGUAUCCACUCCAACAUGACGAUGAAACAGAGGGAAGCUGCAAUAGAGAAGGUGAAGUCGGGCCAGGUGUGUGUCUUGCUCCUCUCUCCAGAGGCUCUGGUUGGUGGAGGUGGUUCAGGCUCAGGGUGUCUGCCCUCUGCUCAGGAGCUCCCUCCUGUGGCCUUCGCCUGUAUAGACGAAGCUCACUGUGUCUCAGAGUGGUCACACAACUUCAGGCCCUGCUACCUGAGACUCUGUAAGGUACUACGAGAGCGCUUGGGAGUGCAGUGCUUGCUGGGACUCACUGCUACAGCCACACUGUCCACUGCUCUGGACAUCGCACGACAUCUGGACAUCACCGACCAAGACGGCAUUGCUGUCCGAUCUGCAGCGGUGCCUCCUAACCUGCAUCUGUCUGUGUCCAUGGAUAGAGAGAAGGAUCAGGCUUUAGUGUCUUUGUUAAAAGGUGAUCGUUUUGGUUGUCUGGACUCAAUCAUCGUCUACUGCACCAGAAGAGAGGAGACAACUCGUGUGGCGGCGCUGCUCAGGACCUGCCUGCAGGGUGUGCUGGUGAAAGAAAACAAACACACCAACAGCAACAAUCAGACUCCACACAACCCUAUGGGACAGAAAAAGAAAGAGCUGGCGAGGAAGAAGAUUCGUAAACCACUGAAAUGGCAGGCGGAGUCAUACCAUGCCGGCUUGUCAGCAUCAGAGCGCCGUCGUGUCCAGAACAACUUCAUGUGUGGGGAGCUCAGAAUCGUGGUGGCGACUGUGGCGUUUGGCAUGGGUCUCGAUAAAUCUGACGUCCGUGGUAUCAUCCACUACAACAUGCCAAAGAGCUUUGAGAGCUACGUUCAGGAGAUUGGAAGGGCUGGAAGAGAUGGAGAACCAGCACACUGUCACCUCUUUCUAGACCCUGAGGGUGGGGACCUCCAUGAGCUCCGUCGUCAUAUCUAUGCGGACACAGUGGACUAUUACACAGUAAAGAAACUGGUCCAGAAGGUUUUCCCACCAUGCAAAUGUAGACAGAUUCACCAGAAACAACAAGAACUUGUAAAGGACAUUGACGAUUCGGAGCUGCUGGAAAUGAUGGAUGUGUGUGAUGAGGAGAACCUGAAUCCUUCCACUCAGCAGGAAAACGUACAUGCACACACACAAGUAACAUCUACUGUGCAGGAGUCGUCACAUGCUGAUGAAGCUGAACAACCCCUCCAAGACGAUGGAGAUAAAGGAAAGGAUAAGAAGAAGGAGGAGGAGAAGGAAGAGGAGCAGGUGGUUAAACACGAGGAAGCCGACGGUUCGAUGAAACACAAAGAUGUAGAGGCGAAAGGAGACGGUGAUUGGCUAAGGGACCAGGAGGAAGAGAGCAGUGCUUGGCCCAGUGAGCGAGUGUGUCACACGCACGAGAGAGCGAUUCCCAUCCAAGAAACUGUCGAGGCUCUGGACAUCACAGAAGAAGGUGUGGAAACGCUGCUCUGCUAUCUGGAGCUGCACCCCCAGCGCUUUGUUGAACUCCUGCACCCGACGCUGUCUGUGUGCAAAGUCAGCUGCUAUAGUGGACCGAGACAGCUCCAGAAACUCACCAAAAUUUGCCCUCCAGUUGCUGUGGUGUUAGCCAGGAGGCGGAUGGCAGGUGAACGGGUGGAGACGUGUGAUCAGCUGGAGUUUGAUGUUGUGGAGGUUGCGGACACUAUGGGAUGGCAGCUUCCUCUUGUGAAGAGAGGACUCAGACAGCUGCAGUGGAGCACUGUUGGGGGACGUAGCGGUGUCCACGUUGAAUUCUCCUCCAUAUCUUUCUACUUCCGUUCCUUUGGCGACCUCAGCGAUGAGGAGAUGGACAGAGUUUGUCAGUUCCUCCAUAAUCGAGUGCAGAACCAAGAGAGAACACAGCUGUACCAGCUGACUGCCUGCUUUAAGGCCUUCAAAAGUGUUGCAUUCCAGAGUGCAUUAUCCUGUCUCGAUGAUCUGGAUGAGAGUCGCAGUUUGCAGCUGAAAGACCUUCUCUCUGAAUACUUUGACAAGAGGCGAGACCGAGGCCACACACUCGUGCCACUAGACAUUGAGGAGCUCGACAAAUAUAAGUUGUUAGACUGGGAGAAUCAGAUCAGAGCUGACAUCAGAAGUUUUCUUUCUAACCGAAGUGACGAGAAGUUUUCUGGAAGAGCUGUUGCAAGAAUCUUGCACGGCAUAGGAAGUCCUUGUUAUCCUGCUCAAACGUACGGCAGGGACAGACGCUACUGGAGGAAGUACAUCCAGUUUGACUUCAACCAGCUCAUCAAACUGGCCACUCAGGAAAUCAUUCGCUUCAAGUGAGCGGCCGAAUGUGCGUGCACAUCCAGCGGCCUUGACGUACACAGGUCUGCACCUUUCACUGACACUCAUACUCCUGAGGUGUGGUUGUGAUGGAUUUGGCCAAAAACACAUACGUUUGUUUCUCGUAUCACUUUUAUUCCAUCAUGUUGAAUUAUUUAAUCUACAAUGUUUUCUAUAAUGUAAAGUUUUUUUAUAUACAUGUUCAUAGUAUAAAUAUACGUUUUUGUUUGUAGACUGUAAUUAAAAAUAAAAUGUUUCUAUUUUUCUAGC